UCAGUUAUGCUUUGAAAUUAGCACAGUUGACUAUGGCAUGAUGCCGAUUUUGACCGGUUGGUUCGAUUCCGGUUUGACACCCAAUCAUCUCUACCUAUAUAUGCGUUUAAGGAAACGAGGCAACAAUUUGAAUUUCAAAUCCUUGACAGUACACAACCCAUUCAUACCUCUGCUCGCCACUCUCAACGGUCAAUCUUCCAUUUGCAGAUUUCACUUUACCUUCUGCAAAUACGUUUGCAGAUUUCGGUUCUUCGUUUCUCUCAAAGAAGUGUCAAGAAAAAUAUUUUCAUUUGAAUCAAAGGAAAAUGGUAGUAUCCAAAUCCAGGUAUGAGGAAAUCCGGCAACAAAGAUUGGAAGAAAACAAGAAGAGAAUGGAAGAACUUAACUUGAAAAAGCUUUGUCAAGAUCUCCGUACAAACAGUCCUAAAUCUUCUCCAGUGAAGCAGGCGAAACCAAGGCUUCCUCGGUCACCAAAAGAUUUAGUGCCGGUAAGGAGGUCUACUCGUUUUGCGGACAAGCCCCCUGUUAGCUACAAGGAGAUUAGACAGGAGCCUUUGGAGAGACCCAUGAGGAGCUAUGGUAGUUACCGAAGACGAGAUCUAAAUAAUAGAAUAUAUGCUUCUGACGAUCUUAGGGAAGCUGCAAUUGAUAGAGCAGAACAACUUCAGUCGAGUUUAGAACCUGGUUUCCCAAGUUUUGUGAAACCCAUGACUCAGUCACAUGUAACUGGAGGAUUUUGGCUGGGUCUGCCAGUUCAGUUUUGCAAGGAUAACCUUCCAAAACGUGAUGAAUAUAUCAUUUUGGAGGAUGAGAAUGGAGAUACAUCAGAAUCAAAAUACCUUGUUGAGAAAACUGGUCUAAGUGCUGGAUGGAGAGGGUUUGCUAUUGACCACAAAUUAGUUGAUGGAGAUGCAUUAGUUUUCCAGCUUGUAAGCCCUAAAGAAUUUAAGGUUUACAUUAUAAGGGCAUAUGAAUUAGGAGACAACGAAGACAAGGAAAAUGAAGAAGUAGAACUCAUUGAAGACAAUGACAACGAAGACAAGGAACACAAAGAAGAAAUGAAUAAAGUCAACAAGGAUUUGGACGUCGCACCAUUGGAUAGAAGAAGUUCUAAACGAAUCAAAGCAAAAGUAGAAAUAAAUGGAGACAAGGAAAACAAAGAAGAAAUCAAUGAAGACAACAAAAAGGAUUCAGACAUCACGCAAUUGGAUAGAAGAAGUUCCAAACGAAUCAAAGUAGAAAGUAGUGCUUGACAACAAGUUUACUAUACGAACGACAGAAGCUAUGGCAGGCAGACCCUUUUCUUUGUGGCCUCUUGUAUCACAUAUGCCAAUGCAAUGUAAAAAAGGCAUCCAAUGCCUCGUUCUGUAGCAUAAAAAGUAAGAACUUAACUUGUCUGUAGUGUAACACUAUUUUUCUUAAUGGCCUUCUGUAGGUCAUCUAAAAACAAAUCUUGUAAGUUCUAACAACUAAGAACAUGCUGCUUAAUGCAUACUUUAAAAAAGAAAGAACAUGCCAAUUAAUAGAUAGGUGGGAUAACAACUUAUACAAUAUUAAAAUUAAGGAAAUUAUUAUUUACUUCAAUAAA